AUGGAAACAGCAUUUGUGUUAGAUAUUAAACUUCAAUUGUGGCCUCAAACAUUGCUUUACAAGUUCUUCUAUGCAGUAGCUUACUGGGUCAAUUAUAACAUCUACUUUUGCAAGGCCGCCUUCUUCAUCUUAGGCUUGGUUUUUAGCCAUAAAGUUGUAGAAAAUACAAUGGAGUCUUCAUUGAUGGAUUACCUUACUGAUCUCGGGAAAUCGGUCCCAGAAGCUGCAGUAAUUGUGAAUACUCAAGAGGGUUUGUCACUCAUUUGCGCUCUUAUCAUUGCUCACUUUGCAGAUACCUGCAUCGGACGUUUUGAUGUCGUACUUUAUGCCACUUCUUCAUAUUUCUUUGGAUUGCUGAUUUUGUGUCUUGCUAGCUGGUUUGCCUAUAGGCCCAAUACGCUGGGCCCCAGCAUCAAGGCACCAAUUAUUGUGAUCAUGGUACUACUGGCAGUGGGCAAGGCAAGCAAAAAUCCUCCUUUGAAAGCAUUUCUAAGCGAUCAAUUGGUUGAGCAUAAAACUUUCGUUUACAAGGACGAUAGCCAAGUUGCUGCUCGUGUAAAAGUAUGGUGGUUUCUUGCUUCGGUGUUGGGUUCCUUUGCAUCUGUGAUCAUAUCCGGAAGUUAUCCCGAGCAAAUCGGAAUGCAUAUCGGAAGUUCCGAGCAAAUGAUUUUCAUCAUUCCAGCAUUAGCAAUGGGAGUCAGUUAUUUCAUCUUUUGGUCUGGCAUCGGCUUUUACUACCGCGAAAACCCUACUGGAAGCCCUCUUACCAUUGUUUAUAGAGUUUUCAAGGCCUCUGUACUGAAGCUCCACCAGCGGUAUCCUAAUGAUCCCAAUGACUACUAUGAUAACCACAGUGAUCAACUAGUCCUGUUUCCCGACAUUCGAAUCUUGAGGUGGUUGGACAAAGCUGCUAUUUUAGAGUCUUCACCCCUCUUAGAAGAACAGGUACAAGGAGGAAGACUUUGCUCGGUAAGAGAUGUGAAACGAGUAAAGCAACUAUUGACUUCGAUUCCCUUGUGGACAACACUCCUUGGAUUUGGCCUGGUACUGGCAACAGGGAGCACUUUCUUUGUUAAGCAAAGUGACAACCUUGAUGAAGUUGUGCCCAUAAAUGCUUUCUUUCUAAUUCAGGAUCUUGUAAGUUACGCGGCUCCAUACCUCUACAACAAGUCAAUAGCUAAGUGGUGGCAUAAACCAAUGCAACAAGCUAUGCUUGUAAGAAUUGGAGUUGGGAUGGCGUUUUCUAUACUGUGUUGCCUUUCAGCAUGGCAGUAUGAGCUUCACAGAUUGAAUUUAAUACACAUAUAUGGAAAAGAUACAGCACUACCAAUGAGCAUUCUGUGGUUAGCUCCACAGUAUAUCUGUUUAGGAGUCGUGGAGGGACUCGUGAAUGAUGUUAUUAUGUUUAAUUAUCAGGACACUGAUGAAUGGAUGGAACACUACGAAUCACCAUUCAAGGAUUGUGGGCUUGGUUUUGGAAAGGUGCUGAGUGCUGUACUUGUUUCUAUGUUCAGAGGCUGCUGGUUUAAUGACACCAUAAGCACAAGUCAUCUGGACAGAUAUUUUCUACUCUUAGCUUGCCUAAGCUCCUUGAACCUGUGCUUUUAUGGGUAUGUUGCAUGUAAGUACACAUGCUCGGAAGCCCCGCCAGACCCAGAUAAGAAUUGCAUGAACUUGGGGCUUGGUCCCGUUACAGGCUCGAAAGUUCCAUUGUUCGAGCAAUCACUCUCCUUCCCAGCCUCCAGCGCAGCUGCCAGUAGGGUAGUUCCUCUGGGCUCUCAAACAUUGACUUGA